AACUCAAGACGCUCGCUGACUCCUCUCCUCUUCUCUCGCCUGCGUCCACCAGAACUGAGCAAUUUGGGACAAACUUCUCUCAGGUAGUGAAAUACUGGGAUAUUACUGAAGGCCAACUUGGUGCGUUUCUGGUUGGUGAUAAAAAUGUGUGUUUCACAGUGCUCACGGUGUGUGGGCUUUACUCUGGUCCCCUUGGCAAUCAUCUGCAUGCUGGCCAACGCGCUGCUGCUCUUCCCUGACCUCCAGACAAAAUACCUGCUAGAGGGUCAUCUAACCUCAGAGGCCCGGUGGUCAACGGGGAUAUGGGCUUCAGGAGUCCUGGUGCUUGUGGCUGCUCGAGUGUUUGUUUCCAGUGCAAGCAAGAAGGGCUUUUGUGGGUUCAGAACAGCGAUGAUAUGUCAGGUGGGUUACACCUGUGUGGCCCUCGCUGCUGCUGGUUUCUGUUUCCUGACCAGUGGGAAGGGCCUGUACAAAGGGCCCCAAUGCCUGUACAACAGCACCCAGGGGCCUGUGUGGGGAACGCCCCACUGGCAGAUGAGCAGCAGUGCCCCACGCAGUGAAAGACUCUACAUCUACGAGCCGGACCACUGGGCCUCCACCUGCAUAGAGCCGCGCAAAGUGGUGCUGUGGAAUGUGUCCCUCUUCACCAUUCUCAUGGUGGCCAGCGGAAUCCAGGCGGUCCUAUGCGCCGUCAACAUCAUCAACUCUCUACUAGGCGUGCUCUGUGGGCCCAGCUUCGGCAUAAACAAGGUUACACCAGCCUGAAGAGAUCACGUGAGCUCUGAGAGGAUCCAUUCCCAUAGAGUGAUGUCAUAUCCUCCCACUCCAGAGAAUAUUGGGUAUCAUCUCAUGACUGUGAUUCACUUUAUUAGGAACUGCAGACUCCAGACUCAGUCUAACACAAUUGUGUCUUGACAUCUGGAAUCUUCCUUAGAUAAGCUUUUGGAGUGUAUGAAAUAGUAUGAGGAGUGAAUGGGUUAGUGUUUGCUAAAAGAUCAACUUUUUAUUAAUAUUUAAUCAGCAGUGUUUUUGGUGGUCACUGCCAUGAAUGUAUUCUAAAGUUGUAUAUAUGCCAUUUCUUACUGUAGUACUGUAAUAUGUGAAAAUGUGAUAUCUUAAUCAGGUUGGUCUUUUGCACUUUGCACUUUAUUUAUGUUUUCAUAUUGUAUUUAAUGUAUUUUUGUCGUAUUUACAAUUUGUAUAUUUGUGCCUGUAGAAAGCAUGAGUGAACUUGUACUUGUGAGCUAUCUAUGAAAUAAUAAAUGCAUCUUCAAUUCA